AUAACUUACCUUUUCUUGGUUGGACAUAGUGAACUUUCUGGAAAAUGAAAUACGUUGCGCUUACAGUGGUAGCCAAGAAAGCAUUUUCGGAGUUUGAAAAAGUGAAUAACAAAAGUGGUUAUUUUGUCGGACUUGAGACCAUGUUUUACCAUGUGUCUCUUGAGCAUGAGAUUCUGUUACAUCCAAGGUACUUUGGACCAAGCUUGUUAACCACAGUUAAACAGAAGUUGUUCACAGAGGUAGAAGGAACUUGUUCAGGAAAGUAUGGAUUUGUUAUUGCUGUUACCUCAAUUGACAACAUAGGGGCCGGCCUUAUCCAGCCUGGGAGGGGUUUUGUAGUGUACCCAGUGAAGUAUAAGGCUAUUGUAUUUAGGCCAUUCAAGGGAGAAGUAUUGGAUGCAGUUGUCACUCAAGUUAACAAAGUAGGCCUAUUUACAGAGAUUGGACCUCUCUCUUGCUUUAUAUCAAGACAUUCCAUUCCUGGUGACAUGGAAUUUGACCCUAACUCAAACCCCCCGUGCUAUAAAACCAAAGAUGAGGACAUUGUAAUACAGCAGGAUGAUGAGAUCAGGAUUAAGAUUGUUGGCACCAGAGUUGAUGCAGCAGAUAUAUUUGCAAUAGGAUCUCUUAUGGAUGAUUACUUAGGAUUGGUAAGCUGAGAUGUCACCAUACUGAUGUCAACUAUUAUGGUGUCAUUAUUAUUAUGAUGUCAUUGUAAAUAGACAAAACAGACUUAUUUAGUGAUAUCAGUUCUAUGUGGAAUCUGGACUCUCAUAUUUCAAUAUGGAACUGGAGGAGUAUGAUACACACCCCGGGAUACACACAAUGUACAAUUACCAUCAUGACAACUAAUUACUAUGGGAUAUCUCGACUUUGUAGAAUGGUGAAACCUGUCAUGUUAGACUUUUUACAAACCAAGACUUGAGUUGAAGAACUCAAUAACAUUUUAAAAAUCAAGAAUUCGAAGUUCAAGAAUCUAGAUCUCAAAUUCAGCAAGGUAAGUUUAGUUAGAGAUGUUUGAAUGAUUUAUGAUUCAACAACAUGACAAAUGUGAUUUAUUGUUCUUUGAUCUUUAUUCAGGAUCGUACAAACAUUGGUAUAUGCAAGUAUUUGGGAACACCCUGUUUGUACCCACGAGUUGUCAGUUUAAUUUGAGGUCAUGAAUAUAUUUUUGUAUUUUACAACUAAAUAAUAUAGGGCUUACAUGGGGUUUUAAAUGGGUUUUCAACAGAAAAUCUUGACUUAACAACAUAAAGGCGUAUAGGAUUCUGUUACACACAGUGUAAAAAUAUAGGAUAAAAUGUGUAAUGCCACACUGGCUAAUCAGAUUAUUUCACCAUUGAACAUGUGUAUCUCCAUGUACAUGUUUUUCUCACUCGAGGAUAUAUGGCAUGAACAUUUUUUGAGUAUCAGAGUACUGGUUAUAUUAAAUUUUCAAUGUAUCAUUUUCUACUUUUUGUAAAUAAUAUAGCAAUCACUGUAUAUAUGAUAUUUAUCGUUGUGUAUCCUUAUUUGAGCAGUUAAGUGACAUUCGAAAAUGUUUCAGCAACAGCAAUACUUUUAAUACAAUUAUGACAUUAUGCACAUUGUAGGGACAUUAUAAUUGGCUGCACUCUUUUUCUUUAUAUAUAGUGGCUUUCUGUAAAUGACAUAAUGACUGUUGAUAAUAAUAUUUUUAUUCUUUAGCAGUUAACAUCAUCAAAUAACAUUAUCCAUAAUAUAUAUUUGAUUUUUGCAUUCAUUUCAUCAAAGGAUCAUUUCAUCUCUUAGCAAAACCCCAUUUUUUAUCGAGACAGUGUAGAUAUACCACACUGACAAAGCCCCACCAUUGUUCAAAUAUGUCCUUU